AUGGUAUUUAUGGUUAAUAAUACCGUUUUUUUUUUCAAUUCAACAUUAAUAAUGAUAGCAACUUCUUCUAUCAAAUCCUAUCGAGUCAACAUGGCGGCGCAAGAUGAAGUUGACGUCUGUGAAAGUUGGGAGGAUAUGGACGAAAUUGGCUUAGACCAGAAGAUAAAACUUAUGUCCAACCUCCCUUCAGCAACAAUAUUAAAAUCUUGCAAGGUUACGAACGUAAUAGUUGAGGAUAGCGCGUGUAUUGGGUCUCAGUGCAUAAUGCCAGAACCAGCGAUACGUAUAUUGAAGAGGCCUUCGCCAACUGGCAAUGGUCAGCUAAAUGGAGAAAAUCGCGCUAGGCCUGUGAAAACCUUGGAACAAAGACAAAAGGAGUAUGAAGAGGCUAGGCUAAGAAUACUAGGAGAAGCCAGAAGCCCAGAAGACGUCAUCGACGAUAAUCUAUCCCGCCUACAAGACAAAUUACAAGCAAACAACUUAAAUGAAAGUAAAGCAAAGAGCUGUCAAAAUGAAACCAAAGUAAAGGAAAGAAAGGUGCUAGCAAGAAUACCUGGUGCUUCAGGUAUAUUUCCAUCUCCUCCACCACCUGGUGUCUUGGUGAUACGUACACCUAGGGGUCCUGAUGGAACCAAAGGCUUUGUACGAAGGUAGCAUAUAUUUAUUACAGUAAUUUUUAUAUAGUGACUGAAAUGUUGUGCCCAAUAUUUUACAAUUUCUACAAAUGUUCUUAUAAUUCAAUUUUUUAUUAUUUAUGCUUAUUAUAUUAGACUAUGACUUGGGAGUCAUAGUCAAAAUAAGUAAGUAAAAAAUAUAUUAUGUUUUGACAUAAGGGAGUCACAGUUCAUGCUAAAUCUGGACUAAAUUUUACCCUCAGAUUUAUACAUGCCUUAUAUAAAACAUAUAUGUAAGGACUAUUAUAAGUAAGCAUUACAUCAAAUAUCAUUAUGAAUAAGUAAUAGUUAAAUUCAAGUUUCUUUCUUGGGGUACUGUUUUUUAAAGUGUAUUUGAUGCUGACUGUAUGUUAAAUAAUUUAAUAAACAUAUGUGAACUUGUUAUAAGUACUUCUUGAAAACAUUGAAAGUAAAAUUUGACAAAUCUUGUAGAAAUUGUAAAAUAUUUAUUGUGUAAGUAAAUUGUUUGGGAACAAUUACAUGUAAUGUUACAAUAACUAAUAGUUAUUGAUUUUUUUACAAUUGUACGUCUGAAUGACUUGUGCCUGCUAAUGUUAUGUAUAUUUAAACCUCAUUUGUUAGAUUUGAUAUACUGUACUUUUUGUAUAAGAAAAAGGGUUUGAUGUUAAUUAGGAUAUCUAUACCAUUUGUCACUUUAAUGUUGCAUCAAAGCAAUUUGAGAAGUAUAUGAAUUCAUAUUCUAAGGUCAGUUAUUAUUCUGUUUGAAAUAGAAUAUAUGUAUAUAGGUAGGAAUAUUCAAGUAUUGUCAAUAUACCUAUAUAUUAAUUUUAAUUUUAGGUAUCAAUUUUCUGAACGGACUUUAAAACUAAAAGUCAGUAAUUUGGAACUUUUAUUUUAUGCUUUUUAGUAAUUACUGAAAACAAAUGAGGUUGAAAGUUUUACCUAUUAGACUAAUAUUUUUACUAAUGGAGAUCGGAAUGACAUUUUGUAUAAUAGUUAGUUAAGAUUUUCUUGUUAAGUAAUUACAAUUUUAAACAGCAAUUAUUUUAUUCUAGUACAUUUAAACAGUAUUAUGGCACCAUACAUUUUGGGACCUAUAUUUUGAACAUUAAAAUAUUUUAGCCUACUGUGCUCAGAGGAAAAAUAGUUGCUGUUCAUGCUAGUAAAAUAAUUUUUAAGUUUGUGCAUAAUUUUAAUUAAAAAAAAACUAUUUUUAUACAUAUGCGUCAGUAAAUAGGUGAAGCUUCUAGUCGUAACAUGGUGAAACUGGCAUGUUAUUGAAUAUAUGGCUGACUCUUUUUCACAAAUAGAGACAAUGAAAAAAUGUCUAUACAUAGAUGAAAUGUCAACAAAGUAAUGUGUUACGAUUGUAAAUUGUAUGGGUACCUGUUUUUACAUUGGAAUAGAGUAAUGUUAAUCGUAGCACAGCAGUAUGAAGUGUACAUGAGCAUGAUGAAACUUUUUUUAUAUAUUGAUGAUAGUCAUUAUAUCUUUGAAUUUUGUGCUUUAGAGGCAUUGCAAGAAGGCUUCAUUUAUUUACAUAAUUUGUAUUAGAGACAUUACAUACUGCAAUUUUGGCAAUAGGUUCUUUUAUCCAUUUAGAUAUAUGGGCCAAUGCUAUCACAUUUGGCUUAGAUAAUAGAACAUCUAGUCAGUAUGAUAAGGUCUUUUUAAUAAGAGACAUAUACGCUAUGUCACGUAAAAAAGUAAGAAAUCAAGGUUUAAGUAUAUUUAAAACAAACUUCUACAUGAUUGGGCAAGACAAUACAUUAGGUUACUGCAUGAUAAAGUUGAGGAUAUCUGGGCUGUUUAAUUGGUCAGAAAUUUAAUUCAGUGCCUACCUACAUGCAUUUGAAACAAAUUAAGUUAACAUUAGAAAACGAUAAUAACCUAACGGCGAAAACGUCCAAGUUACUCUGUAUAGUAAAAAUUUUAAAAUGGCGCAAUAAAUUGAAAUUGAAAUUUUUUAAGUUGUAUCAAUAAAAUAUAAAUACUUAUAACUGUUUCAUGAAGCGAUCAAGACUAAGAAAUGGCAACAUCACAACAUUCACUGUGUUCCAUUGAACAAACCAUUUAAAAAACAAUUAUAUAAUGCUGCUAACUGAUUUGGUUCCAUAAAUAUAUAAUAUGUGAGAUAUUUUAGAUUUAUGAGGCAGGUAUAUAGUAUUGUAAUUACAUAAAGCGUCGUGU